CGACUUGAAAAGUUUCACUGUCAGCGGCAGAUUUAAUGCGUGGCGGCAGGGAGUUCCAAACUGGAAUGGUCCUGGGGUACAAUGAGGAGUGGUAGCCGUCCUUGUUGGUCUGGAUGGUCUUGUAGUUCAGGGGUUGGUUUUGUCGGGUUGCUGGUUUGUUAUUCUGGUUACACAAAAAGUGACUAAUGUUGGAUGGAGUUAAUGAAUGAGUUUCCUUGUAGACUGUAGUAAGCCUGGCUACUGUGCGGCGUCUUUGGCGGGUAGCCCAUUUGAGGUCGAAAAGCAUAUCUGUAACACUACAGGUCUUUCUAUCAUCACUGGUUACAAACCCGGCAGCUCUUCUCUGGGCUUUCUCAAGGUUAUUGAUGUGAAUGGUUUGGUAGAGAUCCCAACUGGCACUACGGUAUUCAAGUCUUGGACGGACGAGAGUUUUAUAAACAAUUUCUUUUGUGGUUUUUGAGUAAAUUCAAAAGUUACGCCGUAGAAGGCCAAGAAUUUUGAUGGAACUUGAAAUGGUUUGGUUGAUAUGUUUUGUCCAGCUGAAGUUAUCUGACAGUUCAAUGCCCAGAUUUAACAAAGAAAUGGAGUCGAAACUGCUGCCUAAGGAAGCUGGAAAAUUUAUAGCGGAAAACAGUAAAGAUGUCUAUAUUGUAGAAGAUGGAGUCAAAAAGGUUGCAGAAAUGCUCCUGGAAAAGAGGAAUACAAAGGAAUUUGAUCCAUCAGGAUGGAAGGUGCUUCAUGAUCUGAAUCCACAAACAAUGAAUGAGGAGUCCAUUAACUGGGUAUUUGUUACAGACACCCUCAAUUUUUCAUUUUGGUCUGAAAAUGAUGAUAACAAGUGUUUGGUUAAGUACAAAGGCAAACUGCAUAGUGGCUUUUGGUCGCUUUGUGCUGCAAUUAACAGAGCAUUAGAUGAAGCAAUUCCGAUCACCAGUGCAUCAUAUUUUGCUAACAUAACACUUCAGCAACUGAAGUAUGUGUUGCGUUCGGAUACUGAUAUACCAAUGCCAAUGAUUGAAGAGCGUCUCAGAGUGCUUAAGGAAGCUGGAAGCAUUUUGCUGGAGAAGUUUGAUGGUUCCUUCCUUAACUGCAUUAAGAAGAGUGAGAAUAAUGCCCAGAAGCUGCUACAGCUUGUGGUGGAGAACUUCCCUUCAUACAGAGAUGAGGCCAUGUUUCAGGGGAAAAAAGUUGCAUUUUAUAAAAGAGCACAGAUCCUCGUAGCAGACAUCUGGGGUCUUCUAGAAGGAAAGGGGUAUGGUUUAUUUCAUGACAUUGCCAGUCUGUCAAUGUUCGCAGACUACCGAAUCCCUCAGGCACUUGUCUAUUUUGGAGCAAUGAAGUAUUCACAAGAACUCAUGGAAAAACUUAAACAAGGUGUGCUCUUCCACUCCGGGGACAGAGAGGAGGUGGAAAUCAGAGGUUGCUCUAUUUGGUGCAUUGAGUUAAUAAUGCAUCACAUCCGAGAACUUGGAACACAAAAGAAAUGUGUGAAUAAAGAGAUCAAUUCUGUUCUUGUUGAUUACUACCUGUGGGAUUAUGCAAGAGAUCACCGAAAAGAUAUGGUAGAUAUUCCUAUCCAUCGUGUCCGAUGCAUCUACUACUAGUUAGAUUCUACACAAUUUCUGCAAAGCAAAGAAACAUUUUGUUAUGGGUGGUAUGGUUGAAUUGCUCAUUUAUAUUAAAUUGCCAACAUUUAACUACUUUUGUACACCUCCAAAGUUGUGAUUUUAGAAUUAUGGUAUUUUAUAAAAUUGUUCGAGUAGGUAAUACGGGUUUAAAAAAAACACAAACUGUGGGGAAACUCAGCAGGUCAAGUAGCGCCGAUGGAGGUGCAGAGAUGGUGAACAUUUUGGGCUAUGAUCCUCCAUCACAACUGAAAAUGUAGAUAAAAGAUAGCCAGUGUAAAGAGAUGAGAGGGAGGCUGGUAGGUGAUAUAUGGAAUCAGGUGAAUUGGAGGAUAAUGGGCAGAUGAAGCCAGGUAAGGGAGAGGGAGGAGAACAUUUGGACAGGGUGGGGGGGGGGGGGGGGUGAGCUGCUGGGCAGAUGGAGCUAGAUGAGAGAAGGAGGAAGAUGGAGGCUGGAGGGUGAUGGGAUAAGAGCAAUGAUGGGCAGAUGGAACCAGGUGGGGACUGGUAGGAAACACAACCAAGAAAAAAGAAAUCCAGGUGGAUAGAUGUGUAGAUGAUGCACAGAUAGAACCAGCUGGGGAAGUUAAGAGAUCUAGGUAAUGGGUGGGGGUUGGGAAAGCAAAACAGGUGUGAGUUAACUGAAGUCGGAAAAUUCUAUGUAAGUCAUUGUAUUGUAAUCUACUGUGUGGAAUGUACAGUGUUGUUUUUCUAGUUUAUGCUUGAUCUCCUCAUUGAAGAAGGUGGUAGACAGACAGAUUGAUAUGGGAAGGGGAGUUGGAAAUGAUACAGCUGGAAGCUCAAAGUGACUGUUGCAGGCAGUGUACAGAUGCUCAGCAAAACGGUUGUUUGGUUUUGUCAAAGUAAAAGAAGCCAUGAACACUGGAUGCUAUAGAAAAAGGGUAGAAAAAUGUAUGUGAAUCUUUGCCUCAACUGAGUGCUUAGGUCCCUGAACAGUGGUGGGGUUGGGGGGAGAAAAGAUGCAGGGACAAAUGAGAGGUGUCAAAAAUGGACCAAAUGAAUUUCAGGGCAGGGUGGAAGUUGGAAGCAAGGUUGAUGAAAUUGACAAGCUCAGCAUGGGUGCAUGAAGCAGCACCAAUGUGUCACCAAUAUAGUGCAGAAAGAGUUGGGGAGCAGUACCAGGAAAAGCUUUCAUGUAGCCAACGAAAAGGCAGGGACACAUGGCUACCCCUUGAAUUUGGAGUAAGUGGGAGGAGCAGAAGGAGAAAUUGUUGAAGGUGAGGACCAGAUCUGCCAGAUGGAUGGUGGUGGUGGAGGGAACUGGUUGGGUCUGUUAUUGAGAAAGAAGCAGAGAGCAGAGCACUUUAAGAACUUCUUGAUGGGGAUAGAAGUGUAUGUGUCAUUGGACAUUCAUGGUAAAAAUGAGGUGGUCAGUGCUGGAGAAUUGAGUGUUAAGAUCGAGAGCUUGUGACGUGUCAUGGAUGUAGAUGUGAAGGGACUGAACCAAGGGGGAUUGAAUGGAGUUGAACUAUGCGGACACAAUUUCAGUGGGGUAGGAGCAAGCAGAGAAGGUGGGCCUACCUGGACAGUGGGUUUUGUGGAUCUUGGGUAGGAAGUAGAAAUGAUCAGUGCAAGGUAGAGUAUUAUGAAGUUGGUGUCAGUGGAUGGGAAAUCUCCAGAAUUGAUGAAGUUAGUGAUGCUGGGGAAGAUAGUGGCCUGGUAGUGCAAAGAUUCUUUGUAAAGGGGUUUUUUACAAGGGGUCAGUAAGAGGAGGGGUAUGUCAGAUGUGAGAAGGGGGGAAAAUUGAAAGACACUGGGGUUCUCCAAGGAAUUUACUUAAAAUGACUGCUUAAAAAGGAGAGUGGGGUAAAGAGACAAGACUGAAGAAGCUAAAACACCUAAAGGUGCGUUCUACUUGCAUUGACAGAGCAUCAGCCAGCUCAACAAGAGUACAAUUACAUAUUUUACUGUUUACUGUUAUUUCAUAAGCUAUAGGCCUGUAGUUUGAUCUCAAAUUGUAUGGAAGUAAGUCUGGAAAUAGUGUAGGCAAUGCAUCAAAACUGUUAAGAAAUCACAUCACUUUCAAUGUCAGUCUGCAGAAGCUGGAUUAAUGUGGGUAUAUUCUGCUCUAGAGAAAUGCAUUAUGAAAGGAAAUGGCAGGCAAGGCAGCUAACCCCAGCUGAGGCUUAAACAAUGGAAGAGUUGCUACAUGGCCCAUCUUCCUAGUUUGAGAAUUGAUUUUUGUCAACACAUAAAUAUAUUACAGCUAUAUUAACUAUAAUUGUUUAUUUACAAUUUAAUAUAUAACAUUGCAACACCCCAUGUUUACCUUCACUGAAACACUCAUUUACUGUUCAUAUGUAUAAUUAUAAUGCUGUCAGUAACAGAGCUCCAUUCAUCUAAUUAUAAUGACUCCUUUUAGAGUUAAUGCAAUUAGGAUUCUCAUUCUUGGGAAAACGUUGUGACUGCUAAGGCAACUGUACAUUUGCUGAGGAAACCAAACAAAAUUAAACAUCCUGCAAUCAACAAUAGUUAUCCCCACUUGCGAUCUUCUUAUCACAACCUGUUUUAGGAUUGUUUCUGUGAAUUCCAACAAUGACUUUAGAAUAUUAGAAAUAACAUACAAAAUAAGUCUCUUUGGAAAUGGUUCCAAAGUGAUCAGGAUUGUUAUUUUGAUUUACUUUUAUUGUUAAUGGCCAUUAGAAACACCUGUUACUGUUUGCCCUUGUGAUUUUAUUUUAACGGUUUUAAUAUCAAGAUUAUAAUGCGCAACCUUUUUUAGAAAACAUAGUGUGCUCACAGGGUGGGGGGGGAGUGCAAAUUGUCCAUGUUUCACACUAAUCUCAGUGUCCUGCUGCAGAGUAAAUGGUACAGAGGCACCUUUGGAUUUUACGGCGUAGUUUACGAUAAUCCUUCAGCAAAAUCAAUAUUAUGAUGAUGGAUUAAACAAACCUCAAAAAUUUAAAUUAUAACAAUUACUUCCCCAACCCUAUCUAAAUCUUACAUUCAAGAAAUCAAUGGACAUUUCUUUUACUGCGUAACUUCAAUCUGUAAACACAAACAUUAUUUGGCCUUCCUGUUCUUCUUACAAAAUUGUAUCACUUCAUAUUUAGCAUUAUUGAAAUUCAUUCUCCAAUUGUAGACUAUACUUUCUAGUUUAGUAAUGUCUCCUGAAUGUUAUCAGUCUCCCUUUGUACUCAUUACACUGCCCUAUGUCGUGUGAUCAAAGUUUGAAAUAGUACUUAUGACUUUUGUAUCCAUAUCAAUCACAUGAACAAUACUGAACUCCCAGCACUGUUCACUUUUUCUCAGGCUUUGCCAGUCUCAAUAGCUACUUUUAAUUUGUAUUGUCGUCUUUUUUUGCAAUCAGCUUGGUAUCCAUUCUACUAUUUGUCCCCACUUCAGAUGCUUUGAUCCUGUUGGUGGGGAUCAUUGGAACUGGGCACAUUGAUUCAACCAUUUUGUACAGUUGAGGAGUUCCUACUCUGAAAUGGCUGUGACUCUUUGGAAUUCUCCACUACAGAAAGUCAUUGAAUGUAUUCAAGGUGGGGGUUGGCAGUCACUUGAAGUACAGGAAUGUCAAGGGGCAUUGAGGCUAAGAUUAGAGAUACAAAAAUUUGAGGGAGGAGAUUUCAGGGACUUCUACUCUUGUUGCUAAUGCUGUUAGAUGAGUAUAUUGUUUGGUUAUUUUGUAAGACAUUUAAAAAAAUUCAAAUGAUACUACAACUAUUGUCCGCUCUUCCCGUAAGCCUAAGCUAAUGAGAGAAGGUGGCAUGUGGUAUACAGUAUAUGUUGGAAUAGAUGAGACUGGUUCAGUGGUGUUUAUUAUUUACAGAAAAUUUUUAUGUAAUUGUUAUAAAAUCAAUAAUUGACUUAUUAUUGUCACAUAUAAUAAGGUACAGUUAACAUAAUCUUGUUUUACAUGCCAUCCAUACAGAUUAUUUCAGUACGUCAAGUAGUACAAGGGAAAAACAAUAACAAUGCAGAAAAUGGUGUUAUAGUUGCAGAGUAAGUGCAACACAUUCAAUAAGAUGCAUGCCAUGACAGGGUAAAUUGUAAUGUCAGGAGUUCAUCUUAUACAAGAUCUGCAUUCAGUAUUCUUAUAACAGUCAGAUAGAAGCUGUUCUUAAGCCUGGAGGUACAUGCUUUCAGGCUUUUGUACAUUCUGCCUGAUAGGAGGAGGAAGAAAGAAUAUCUGGGAUUGUGUUGUCUGCUUCCCAAGGCAGUGUGAGGUAUACAGACUUUAUGGAAGAAAAGUUGCACUUGUAGUCUUGAGCAGAGUCGUUGGCCAAAUGAGGCCAUAAUGUAUCUGGAUAGGUUGCUUUCUGUGGUAGAUCUACAAAAUUGGAGAGUGCCUAUUUCCUUGGCCUCCUGAGGAAGGAGAGGAAAUGGUAAUAUAAUAGUAUCAGUGGGUCUAGAACUGAUCCUUGGGCAAUGUCUGCUGUAACAUUGCUCUAGUUUGGUAAGCAAUCAUUCGUUACUGCUAUUUCCUGCUACUUUGUUGAUUUUCUAUCCAAGCUGCUAAUGUAAUAGACAAUUCUACAUUUUUCAAUUUCCUCCUUCAAAUGGAAUUCAUAUUUCAAGAACAAAUGAAUGAUUUUGAACUUUUGCUCA